AUGACCGACCUUCACGAAGAUUUCGGACCAGCACUAUGGGUGGUGAACACAAUUUUCAUUAUACUGGCCACUCUGGCCGUUGUUGCCCGCUUUGCCGCUCGACGACUGCGGAAGUUGUCUCUCGGCGCAGAUGACUGGAUUAUCUGCGUAGCCCUUUUCUGGGACUGGAUACUAUACGGGAUAUUCGUGGGAUGUCGAAUUAAUGGCCUCGGCAAACACCGAGCAACACUCUCACAAGAAAACAUCGCUAUAUUCUCGGAACUUCUCUACUUCUUCCAGAUUUUCUACGUUCUUGGUCCCCCGAGUGUGAAGCUAGCACUGCUUUUUCUAUACCGACGGAUUUUUGAGCAUUCGACCUUCCUGCGAAUCAUCGACGGCACGAUCGUUCUCAUUUCUAUAUGGGCAAUUGUUAUGGUUUUCCUAGCCAUUUUCAAUUGUCAUCCGAUCAGCGCCUUCUGGACAAUGCAAGGCACUUGCUUUAAUUUCAAGCAAUUUGCCAUCGGCUACGCAAUCGUAAAUAUCAUCACUGAUUUUGCGGUUUGGUUGAUGCCGAUUCCCAGAGUGUGGAAGAUCCAGCUUCCGAGACCACAGAAGAUUGCUCUAUCCCUGAUUUUCGCUUUGGGUCUUUUUGAUUGCGCUGCAGCUAUGGCCCGUCUCCUACUUUCAAUGCUUGUCUUGGGCGAGUACGACUCCACAUGGUACUACGCGAAGGGAUACAUGUGGUCCAUUAUUGAAGUCUCAACGGGCAUUGUCUGUACAUGUCUACCAACGAUGCGGGUACUCUUGAAGACAGCUUUCGGUGGCGCCUUUUCAAGAAUGUUCGGCAUGUCCAGCGGGAAGGCCAGCCAUCCGCCGUCAAGCAACACGCCAUGGUCUAGAACAAAAGAGUACUAUAACAAUGUUGGGGAGUCAAACGCGGUGGAGGUGGUUUCCUAUCCCCACCAUACAAACAAUGUUUCGGAAUUGCAUGAUACAGACUGGGAUGCGAGCUCACAGCGGAUUUUGGUGACCGAGGAAGUAAACAUUGAGCUUCAGCCAGUCAAACAGAGGGCACCUGUCAAGGUAACUCAAUCCACUGACUUGAAUAGAGUAUAG